UGGAGAAUCCAUCAAAGUACACAAAGAAUACCACUCUCUACUCUUUUUCUCCAGGUAACCAUUUUGGCAUCACCGUCGCAUCUCCGGCGAAUCUUUGGGAACCGAAAGACCAUAAGGAUGAUCCGAAAAGAAUGAUUGGGGGAUCGCUUUCGCCAUGUCAGUUUCGUGCUCCGACCUUCUCUGCGGCGAGGACUCCAGUAUUAUCUUCUCCACUGGCGGAGAAGCCCUGCUGGAAUGCUCAUCGGACCAGGGUUUCCUGAUGCCCGAAGUCGAGGAAUCGAUUGCCGGACUCAUAGAGAACGAGAGAGAUUUCAUGGUUCCGUGCAACGAUUAUAUAGAAAAGUUCCAUUUAACUCAAUCAAUUGAUGCAUCUAAUAGAGCAGAUUCUGUUGCAUGGAUUCUGAAGGUGCAUCGUUACCAUGGUUUUCAGCCGUUAACGGCGUAUCUCUCCGUCAACUAUUUUGAUCGUUUUCUAUACUCCUAUCAAUUGCCGAAAAUGAAUGGGUGGCCUGNGCAACUGUUGUCCGUUGCAUGCUUGUCAUUAGCUGCCAAAGUGGAGGAACCUCUGGUUCCUUCUCUUCUGGAUCUUCAGGUUGAAGGUGCAAAAUUUAUUUUUGAACCAAGAAAUAUCCAAAGAAUGGAGCUUCUUGUUCUACGUGUAUUGGAUUGGAGGCUGCAAUCCAUUUCUCCAUUUAGCUUUCUCAGCUUUUUUGCCCACAAAAUUGAUCCAACAGGAACUUACACGGGAUUCCUUACAUCAAGGGCAACUGAAAUUAUUCUGUCAAAUAUCAAAGAGACCAACUUUCUUGAGUAUAGGCCAUCAUGCAUUGCUGCUGCAACAAUACUUUGUGCAGCAAAUGACCUCCCUCAUUUCUCUUUAGUUACCGCUCAACAUGCUGAGUCAUGGUGUGAUGGACUUCACAAAGACAAAAUCACCAGUUGUCGUCAUCUAAUGCAACAAACCGCGUUCGCUAAUAGGCCAAGGAAGCAACCAAAAGUGUUACCUCAGCUCCGAGUAAUGACUCGGGCAAGUAUCGCAUGGAGCGACUCCUCAUCCACAUCCUUCUCAUCCUCGUCACCUUAUAAACGGAGAAAGCUAAACAAUAGCUUGUGGUUGGAUAAUGACAAAUAAAGCUCAGAUUAAGGAUGAGGGUUUAAAAUAAGAGGAAAAAAAAAUUUUAAAAGAAAAUGGUUUGUUUCAAAGUUGUCUAGUCUAGAAUCCCAAUAUUUUUUUGGAAUGGACUGUGAGAUAAAAAAAAAUAAAAAAAUUGACAAGAGUGAUGUAGAUAAGGUAGCAGGUGUAAUUAUGUAAAAAGGUUUGAACAGUUUGGGAGACUUUAUUAUAAACUUUUUUGGUGGGCAUUGCCAUUCAUUAAUAUUUAUGAAUUGGCCAUUGCUGGUUCCCUAAGGAAGGGGAUUUGGUACAUAUUAUUUUGGUGUGUGAAUGAAUUGUUUAAUAUCUAGUGGAGUCAUGGUAUGAAAUGAAAGCAGGAGAGUGACUGAAAUCAAAGGCAGCAUUAAUUGAUUAUUGAAUGACAGGAGAAGGGAUUGCGGGACCUAAGAAGCCAAUGAAAAUCAAUGGUGUUGAAAAAAACUUUGAAGUUUUAGCGGUUGAUGAAAUAAGAGUCUAGCUCCUCUACUAGGCCUCCAUCAUUCCAUCAGCCACCCCCUAUUGCAACAAGUCAUGGAGAAAUCAUAAAAAGCAGUGUCGAAAAAAGAUUCAUGGCUCCAUUGAAGUAAGACUUCUUUUUAUUAUGUGUGAUUUGUCUCCACACUUACAGUAUUUACGUGUGCUUUUUUCUGCGGGAAGUACCCAUUUCUUGAUUGUCCUAACGACUCGUGGGACAUUAUUGUGAGUGAUGUUUCGUGCGUGUAACGGAUACUCGAUAGUAUUCUUUUAAUUUAUUUUUUUCCCCUUUUCUCGAUUGGCCUAAAGUUGGCCAAAUUAUACAAAGGUCUUUGGGGCCUUUUUUGUGAGUGAUGUAUUUGGAGUUAUAAUAAAAUGGAAUAUUAUUUUACA